AAACAGAAAGAGAGGGGAAAACGGAGGUUUGGACUUUAUAGGUACAACUGAAGGUUUUAAGUUUAGCUGUAAAAUGCACUUUCUUGGAGGGGGGGAUUUUGGGGGUGGAUAUUAGGCAUCAGAGGGCAGACAUGACAGCAUCACCUUCUGAGUGAAAACAGAUGGACAGGUGCUGACUCCUGGAUGGAUCUGAUUUGGAUGUAAGAUUAGGUUUAACUCCCCCAACACACAUUUUUAUUUAAAUUUUAUAUAAAAAAUAUUUUUUGCCCCGACUCUUUCAAAGCCCCCCUUUUCACUCACACACAGACAGAGCUGCAUUGCUAUUCUGAGAGAGUUAGCUGUCUCAACCCACGCACAGAAUCUGAGAAAGAGAGAAAGGCAAGAACUGAGGAAGGGAAAAAAGAGGAGAAGGAAAGGAAUGGAGGUGAGGACUUCUCUACAUAAAGGACCAGAAAGAGAGAGAGAGAGAAAAAAACCCUUGCAGUUUUAUAAUUUGAGUCUUUUAAUCAGUUGUGUCGAGCAGCAGAUGCACAGUUUAGAUUAGCACGCCUGUGUUGGAGCGUGUGGCGCUGCAAAACUGCAGAUCUGUUUGUGUGAUGGUGCCGUGUUGGAACUGAUCAUUGACGUGUUUCCUGGACACGAUUCUGGAAAUCGAGGAGAGAAAUUUGUCCCUUCAGGAACAUUUAGUUGUUUUUUUCCCCACCUCUGAACCCUCGUCAGAAGGUUAGAGAAGCACAUGAGUGAACCAAGCGGAGCCUUCUCAUUCUGCUCCCCCCACCCGUCCCCAUCUCUGCCUACAUUCUCUGCUACAGAUAGGGACGUUUUGAUAAUUACAUGUAAUUAUAAUUUCUGUGGGAGACAGAUCUGCCUCUGUCUAUUAUUGCCGACACCUCCAGCACAAUAACUUCACGCAUUUACAUAUUUCUCAACAAAAGUGAUAUUCUUUGAACCCCCACCAAAGAUAAAAAAAAAAAAACAGGAAUAAUUUUACUCAGAGAGACAUGUCACAUGCAAAAGCAAUGUGCCAUUCAGCUCAAAUCUAAUUAGGGAAUUCAGCUGAGUGACACGGGCAACAUUUUGUGCCCAAAAAGAAAAGAAAAAAAAAACAUGGCAUUCGCCUCAUUUCGUGGAGUGUUUUACAGGCUUGGAGUCAUCUAUUUGGUUCAAGCGUACUGCUAAUUUUUUAUUCUUUCCCCCCUGUUGUUACAGCCUUCUAGCACAUAAGCAGAGCCAUUCUCAUUAUCACCCACAGCCCAGUCACAGAAACGGCCUGUGCCAAGAGAGUACAGAGCAAACUGAUCCGCAGAUCCAGAUAAAUAAAUGUACCGCUAGAUAUGAUGAGGGUUAGCGGGUUAAAAAAUAGAGACGAUGACCAUAAUCAGUGGCUCAGCUUCUCAAUUUAGAUAAACUGUCUGAAAGUUGUAAAAGCACCAGAUUAUUUUAAUACACAUAGUCUUAUUUCAAAAUAGUUGCUUACAGGAUAAAACAAGUGCCCAUUCUGAAUGUAAACAGUGCCAGACGUCGUAGAUUUGUUUUCAAGUGCCAUGAUCAGCAGAAGAAUGUACAGGGAUGCUGUUUCACUGAACUAAUUUUCUUCCCAGAUUUAUCUCAUGUUAUGGCUCCAAGCAGAAAUAUCAAGAUUUGAUGUUAGUUGAUUUGAUCAGUGCAGGACAAAACUUAGGGUGUUUCUGGAUGCUGGUUCCUUUCUAGAAAUCAUUUUUAUACCAUUAUACCCAACAUACAUCACACUUUACCUGUUUCUUUCAUUGAUAGACCGUAUAGGUACAAAAUAAAAAUGAUAAUGACAAAAGCAAAUAGACUUCAUACGGUUAGUUAGUGAUCUGUUGACCCAGUCCAGUACAUGCCACAUGAUCAGUUCACAUGACAUUUUAGUGAGUUAAAACUGAAAAAAGCAGAUAAAGCGCUGUGACGGCAUUGACUCAACGACAGAAAAUAGAUGUCUUAGUCAUGUAAAAAUGACGCCCACCACCAAUCUCCGAGUCCUCGCCGUCUCCCUGCUCUCCCUCUUUGCUGCCCCAAUUACCACGGCUGUGGAGACCCCUUCGUAUCCCCCUCCUCAGCACGUAGACCGCUCAGGGAGACCGCUCACCCAGCAGCCCGGGACAGACUCCAGUGCCUCCCUUCUGCUGCGAGCCAUCCAGGCCGAUGCCAGGCCAGCUGCUCUCCGAGGCAGACCCAAGCCUGCUAAGAACCUUCCCGAAACCUCAGAGGGAGUCCUAGAGACGCCGCCGAGACCCCAGCCGCAGGUCAUGUUCCCCAAGAACGUGACCGUGACAGAGUCAGUCACACAGCGUUUCAGAGCAGCCCAAGUGCCGCCUGUCAUGGAAGGAUGGCCUGACGUCUGCUGGGGUUAUUACGAUGUGAUGGGGCAGUUCGACAACGCCUUCAACUGCUCCAAGGACAACUUCAUCUACUGCUGCGGAACAUGCCACUACCGUUUCUGCUGUCCGGAGCGAGGCCGCAAGCUGGAGCAGGAGAAUUGCAAAAACUACAACUCCCCAGACUGGGCCAAACCACAGACAGAUGCCAACAUAAUACCGGAGGAGUUGGGUCCUGACCCGGACUUUGACCCACUGAAGCAGCAGAGCCACAACACAGGCUUUGUCAUCGGUGGGGUCAUUGUGUUCAUGGUGGCAGUGGCUGUGGGCAUCAAGGUGGUCUUCAAUAAGGUGCAACAGGAAGCCAACCAAAGGGACCUGAACAUGCCUAGAGCCCUGGUUGACAUGUUGCGGCAUCAGUCGAGCCCAGUCCAGCAGGACGAGAGAAACAACAGCGUGGCUCUGACAGUAGGGGACGGGACGGGGACGAUAGGAAGAGCUCCUAAAAACCUUUACGCUCCCGGAGUGCCCAACAAGGACAACAGAUUGGGCAAUCUGCAACACAAUUUCAUCCACCCGUCAGGCUCCAGCCCAAAACACACUGCGACUAUCGAACGCACCCCUCGGAUGAACAACGCUCAGCUGGCAGCUGGAGGCACCCUGCUCUCCAGCAAACAUAACAACACCAAGUCCCAGCCUUCCUUCCACCACUCCCUGCACAACCUGGCCCAGCUGCCGCCCUCCUAUGAGAGUGCCACCAAGCCUGAGCUCAACAGAUACUCCUCGCUCAAACGCCUCGAGAAAGGUCUGGAUGAGUACUCGUCUGGUUACUGCACCACCAAGCGUCGACCUCACACAGCCCAGCCGGCCCUCCAGUCCUCCCAGCACCACCUCCACUGGGGUGGAGACUAUACUCUCAGUGGCAGAGGCACCCUUCCCAGGCAUGCAGCCCGCCCCUGGAUCCCGCCGCCACCCUCUGGCAUGCCUGUCUCUCCCAUGCCUGCCUCCCCCACUCCCAAUCCGUAUCCUCUGGACCCUCCUGAGCCGCAGUUCAAUCCCAACUAUGACACACUCUCCAAGCCAAGGAAAGUUAAGUCCACAGACCAACUGCUCAACAUGGGCGAUGUCCCGGGCAACACUGGGACUCUGUCUCGGCUGUCCAAGAACCAGCAGCACCAGUACUACAAAGCCAUGGCUGCCUCCAAUAAGAAUUCCAACACACAAACCCUGACCAGGAAGCCACAGGAUAGGCAGGAGAGGCAAGAGAGGCAAGAAAGGCUGCUCAUGUCCCCGGACCAUUUGGAGGAGAGGAUGGGGGUCGGUGGGAUCGGGGUUGGCGGAAUGGGUGUUGUGGACCCCUACGCCCACACAGCAACUGGAGGAGGAGGAGGAGGUGGUGGCGGAGGCGUCCCCACGUUGCCUCGCCAGCAGAAGGCACAGUCCCAGCAGAACGUCUGCGCCACGCCCUCCCUCGACCGGCACCACAUGAUCAAGAUGAACUCUCACCCUACGUCCGGACGAGAGCAGGAGAGGAACACGACCGGGACAAGCCACGUCAGCGGGAGCGGCAUGGGUUGGUCAGCGGGGGAGAUGCCUGGAGCCGGGGUCGUCAUGGGAACAGGAACGCUGGGGGGCCACAGCGCCAGGAGGAUGGCUUUCGCGGCCAAACGGCAAAAUACCAUCGAGCAGCUACAUUUCAUACCAGGUGGGGGCGGUGGGGGGUCAACAGGAAGUGCAGGUGGCAGUCAGGGCAUCAGGACAGGGAGUAAAAAUGAGGUGACGGUGUAAGAUCUGUGCCUAGUGUAGAGUUUAGUCCUUAGAUGUUUGGAAGUAGAUCACCCUUCAGCAUUUAAAUAUUUAGCUAGAACAAAAACUGGAAUAAUACAGUGCUAACAAUAUCAUGUGUUUAGACUAUUCUAAUUAGUUUUCUCUUGUAAUGAAAUUAGCUUGAUUAUGACUGCUUAUAAAAUUAAAGAUCUAGACGGGGAAAAUCUGUAUUUCCCCAUUUUUUGUGAUAGCCUACAUCAGCCAUAUUUUGUAACAGAGUUUGCCAUAUUGCCAUAAACAGCAGUGCCAUUACUUGUAGAGGGAAGGACUGGAUGGGUGAAACGAUAUAAAAAAGUGGGGGGGAUGAUCAUAGUUUAGUUUUUAUAUAUGUUUUUCAAAAAAAGUACUCAGGAGCCAUAUUAGAUAGGGAACCAGAUGAUAUAACAAAGAUUUGAUGAAGCAGAGGAUUACUUCAUGGCAAAGUUUCCGAAAGCAGAGACAAUGACCUGGACUUAUGGUGAUUUACUGAACUGGAUCUCAAAGCUCGGUGGACCAGAUGGGUCUCAAAGACCAUUGUGCCUGGUGAAAUCUUUUAUUUCUGUUUUGUUUUUUGGAGAAUUUUUUCAGCUGAACAAACCUCGUCCUGACACAGGGAGACUGAACUUGUUCCUUAUUACAGUACAUAACCGUGUGAAGAAGGUAGAACUGUCUUUCCUGCAGCUUUCUGACUUAUUUAAACAACAGCCGUACAAUCCAAUUGCCUGGGUUGCCUAGAUUUCCAUGUGACCUUAGAUUAAAUCACCAGAAGAGACUCACACGCUGAUCACUGUUACACUACAGGAAGCUGAUAUGUAAACUGACGUUAUACCACAUUAGGGGGUGAGGUCCUUCCCCCCCAUUUACAAAUCAAACCUGUACGGAACAGUGGCUUACCAAAUAAUUUAAAAAAGAGCCAUCAGUGGUGAUGUAACGCUAACACCAACAGAAUCCAGAGAUUAUUCCUUCAGUUUACGUACAAAAAGAGGCUGUGACACAGGUUGCAUACGAAGAGCACAAAAGGGUUGCACUCACACAACUGUCCUUCAAAGCCAUUUUAUGGAGAUACAGAGGAAACGCCAACCAGGAAGCUGGUCUGACAAUCACCAUCUAAUUAUUAACAUCGGGUGACACGUUACACAAGUCGGUGAUGUUUCAUACCGUCAAAGAAUUGGUUUCCCAAGCAAGCCAAAUUCCUCAGAGUCAGGCGUGAAGGGCAACUCGAGGUGUUGUGAGAGACUAUGAUGGUUAGGAAGCCCUUCCCAUCUUCAGGACAAAGACCUUGUUGUAUCAUAAUGCACUUCAGCCAGUAUAAGUAAAAAAAUACAUAUAUGUAAUAAUUGAAAAGAAAAAAAUCUUCAUCAAUAACAACGCUUAUCAAUACUAAGGGCUAUCCUAUCCUAUAUACUGUAGUAUGUGAUAUCUGUGGUCCAUAUACAAUGCUAUCUCUUUCUAUUGAUUUUGUGUUGAUAUUGUCAUGACGUAUUAAGUAUUAAUAUGUACAAAAAGAAAAAAACAAGAGCAAUUUAAGCACAGUUCAAAGAGAAACACCAAGACAAGUCUUUUGCACAAAUAAGUCCCCCCGAUAUUAGCACCGGAUACUUUGCGUCCUCGAGGUUUACAUUCGGAAGGUCUGACUGAUUGAUUGAUCGAUCUAAUGGAAGGUAUAGCAUUGAGCAAGGGAAACUUUAUUUUCUUCUGUCAACUGAAAAUCAGAGAUAAUCCGUUUGGCUUUCGUUCAGUCUCGCGAAAGGCUAGACACAAAAAAGCGGACGAACAAAAAACAUUACAUUUGGACAAUCUUCCUAUACACAGUGCUAAAUGUAGUUGUUAUUAAAUUUGAUGGAGUGUUAUGAUUAAUACUUAUUAUAACUGUUAUGGUUAUUAUUAACAAUUAUCUUAUGAUGUGAUGUUCUUUUUCUUGGUGGGGUUUUAAGUGUUUAUUGUUUUUAGAUAACGUGCAUUUUCACGACUAGUUGGGUUUUUCAUACAUCUGGUCAUAAAAAAUGAAAUAUAUACAUAUAUACAUAUAUAAAAAUAGAUUCCAAACUUGAUGCAUGCCAGCUCCAUUUCAUUGAGAGGCAUUGACAGCAUGCCCAGGUUUUUUGAGGUCGUCAAUGCUUAAAUGGCCAAUUCUCCAACUGUAUGUACUGUGCCUAGACAUCAGCCUUAUGACUUCUUGAUCUUGAGUCAUUACGUAGGUUUUCCAACUCUGGUACAAAACCAUGUAUCAAAAAACUCUGCAGCCUUUGAAAUGUAUAUGUAGACCAGAAAAAGGGGAGUUUUAGGCAUGAGCCAGCAGCCUGAAUCUAUCAUUUAUCAUAGGCUGUAUGCACAAACCUGCUGCCAUAAUGUAUGUAUGUUCGGAUGAAUGUUUAUUUCAUAGAUUGGGGGGGAUAAACGGAGGUCUUAUGGAAACCUGAAAGCUCUGAGCCCAGUGUAUUUUUUUCAGGGAAAUAGGACAGACAACAUACAGUUCGAUUUUUUUAAUAGAGCCACAAAAGGUCUGUAGCAAAGUCUGUAAUAACUCACAAGCCAUAUUCAUUGAAAUAACCUAAACCCUAACCCUAACUCAUCAUCACAACUUUUAUAAAUGGUUAAUCUAAUUUGUGCAAGUAUUGUAAUUUGUAUAGCUAGUACAAUUGGAAUAUUUUGAGUGAUCUCUUCGACAUUAUUUUGAGGAUACGAAAAGAAAAAAAUUCUGUGUUAGUAUUUAAUGAAAUGUACAGUGCCAAGCUCAUAACAUUUUGUUGUCUUUUUAUUCUCAUAACACCCUUGAUGGCUAUAGGGGUUGUUUCUUUUUUUUCCACACACCCAGGGAUGUUGACAAGCUUGUUUUGUUUUAUUUUGGGGGUUUUUUUUUCUCAGAGAAAAAUGAAUAAGUAUGGUGUGUGUUUUUACCAUUAUGAAUUCGUUUAGAUGGAGGAUGUUUUAAAGGCCACAUAAAAUGGACAGGGACAGUGUCCAGCGAUGAAAAAUUAUGGAUUUAUUUUCAUGACAAUAAAUUUCAAUACAGCCCUUUUUGUUAUUGUUUAUUGCAUUGAUCCCCUUGGAUACGACAAUGAGAAACAAAGAAUUUGUAUAAUAAAGUUGAUGGGAAAAAA